AUGCCGGAGCCGGUGAUAACCUUGAUCAGUGGAUUGGCAACUAUCGUUACCAAUGUCUGGAAAGUGAGUAAAGAUCUUCAUGAUCUCAUAGAGGGUAUUCGAAAUGCUCCCCAGCAUGUUCGAGUCAUCAUGGAUGAUGUGCAUGGGUUGACAAUCGUCUUGGGCGCCCUUCAAGGCCUGCUUCCAAACGUCGAUGCAAGCCGGUUUCCUACGGACUUGGUUCCAAUAUUCGAGAGCUUGCAACUUAAUUUAGACAAUUGCUUCUCUAUUCUUAUGGAGCUCUCGAGGAAGCUCAUUCGCUACACAAACGCAGCUGGCGAGAUAAGCAAGAGCAGAUGGAUGGCAUUCCGAUGGCAAUUCACUGAGAAAGGCGUCAACGAGUUUCGAAGUCAUCUUGCUGCCUAUAAGAUGACCGUCCAAUUGGCAAUCUCAACAGCUAACUUCGCAAACACCACUCAAAACAUCGAUAUCAAUGCAAGAAUUGAAACAGAAAUGAAGGAGAUGCGCGUGCAAGUCAAUGAAAUGUCCUUCAAUCAAGAUCUUCUUGACAUAAGUGAUGCAGGAGACCAUGGUUCCGUCAUCACACAGGAUACAGAUCGGGGAUUCGCGCUUCGUCGAUUCUUGAUGACUACGGAAUCAGUCUUUUCAGACUCGCCUCCUGGCUCUCCUGGAUCGACGAAUGAUACAAAACAGUCUGUUUCUUCACAAUCAACAACUCUCGAGGGACAGCCUCUAGAAACUAACAGGGACUUAGAAAGUAGCUAUAAGAGAAGGAAUGAUGACUUCGGCAACGUCUCCAGUACCAACUCUGGUGUCUGGAAAACAGGACCUAACAUGCCAGAACGGAUUGGUUUAGGACGAAUCAAGGCCUCGAGUGGAUGGAGUUAUCAAACUUCGCUUUCCCAAGACAACGCUCGACGAAACCCAUUGGAAUCACAACAUGCUCAAUCAAGACCCGAUCCUACUUAUCAAUCCCAGACUUCAGUAGAGCCUCGAUUCGUGGACUCAGCUUUCCCGAUGUCAUCGAAGUUUACCAACAGGGGACCUGAUAGCUUAAAUUGUCUACCACAGCAGCAGACUGGUCGCUAUGGUCGAGGAACAAGUGAUCUUGGAAGGGCGUCUCCCGCCCCCUACGGUGAAUACUCUAAUGAGCCGGUGGCUACCGAACAUAGUCCUGAACGAUUGCUUGAAGAAACUUCUUCUCUACAGCAUCCAUCGGAAAGUUGCCUGGGACUCACUAAACCAAUUCCAUUGAGCAAUGAGCACGUUGGGAUAGAUGACUAUGAGCCUGGCAGCAGUCGCGGAUCACCAGAGCAAGUCCUCGAAGUACCACAAGCUGCAUGUCUCGGCGUUCCUGAAGAACUCUCUAAUCCUAGUGAUUCCUCGAAAUUAGUGACGAAGUUCAGCCGACGGGACCAACUUGGACUCUACAGACGCAUCGAAGAUUGCAUGACUGCACUCUAUAGAUCACACCUCGGCAAAGAGGGAGAAGCUACCUUCACAUAUGAGUAUGACAACAACGAUGCCGAGUCUGAUAUGUCCAGCUCCGGUCGGCCCCAAUACUCAGCACAGUCUUCGAGGAACUCUGAGACACCUCGGGAGCUAAGACCAAUACACGCUACACUUUCGCCAGCUAAAGAGAGCGAUCCUGCCAGCAUUUCAAGUUACGAUGAAAGCCCUGCUGGGAACAGCAAAGACCACCAUUCAUCGAUUGAAGAAGAUCUUUCCUUGACAGCCAAAAGCAAUGUGCCAAAUCUGAAUGUGGAGGAAGAUCGAAUACAACACCACGACAACCUGACACUGCUGAGUCACAGGAGACUUCCAGGACGAGAACCCUUCAACCUUAGCUGUUGGCUGCGAUUCUAG